AUGAAUCAAAGUCAUCAAGAUCCCUGGCGAGGGCCGGGUGGACCACCUCAACCCGACACGCAGGGUCAAGGUCGGCCCUUUGGAGGAUUUGGACCACCGAAUGGACCUUCUCAAGGACCACCUCAUGUUCUUCCUCCACCCUCCUCUUCGUAUCACCAACACCACCCUCAGCCCUCCUCAGGUCAUAACCUGUCGAUCGCCGACCUGACCCAAGGCUCUCAAGGACCACAACACCCCUACAACAGCCAGCCUCCACCACAGUCGCAGGGCCAUUCGCUGCCUCCUCUUGGUCACAGCUCCAUGAGCCAACACUCGCCCCAAUAUAUGAACCGUGAGCGAGAGUUGGCCGAUCGCCGAGAACGCGAAUAUCGCGAACAGGAAAUGCGCGAACGCGAGCGUGAUAUCAGAGAGCGUGAGAUGCAACAGCGUCACCACGAAGAAAUGAUGAUGAUGCGUGAGCGCGAGGCCAGGGAGCGCCAGGAGAGGAUGCAACGAGAGCAGGAGCAACGUCCUGUUCAAAGUCAUGCUGGCUCCAUCCCACUGCACCAGCCUGUUGCAAAUAAAGUGCAGAACUCCAUUCAUGGUCCAAAUGGGUUGCUUGCCAACAGUGCGCCGCAGCAAAAUGGCCCUUCCUCGACGGGGCCGGGCAGCAUUUUCGGCGCGCCUGCUCCUGAGCAGCAGAGGCCUCAAUUCAUGCAGCAGCCCCAGCAACCGGUUGGUGGACCUCCACCGCCUCAGCAGCCCGCUCCAGCUUUCUUGGGAGGUCCUUCGCCGAUGCCUGCUGCUGCUCAAUUGCCCCAUGGUCAGCAGCCAAUCCUGAACGAUGCAUUGAGCUACCUCGACCAAGUAAAGGUACGCUUCAGCGAUCAUCCAGAUGUAUACAACCGCUUCCUGGACAUCAUGAAGGAUUUCAAGAGCCAGGCGAUCGAUACGCCAGGCGUCAUUGAGCGUGUCUCAAACCUUUUUAACGGUCAUCCAGCGCUCAUUCAGGGUUUCAACACGUUUCUCCCCCCUGGCUACCGCAUUGAGUGUGGCACAGACGACAAUCCCGAUGCCAUCAGAGUGACGACUCCAAGCGGCACCAUGACUCAAUCACUCCAAGGUCGGCCGCGAGGCGGACCAUACGAGAGCUCCAACUUGAGUUCUCAAGCUCAACCAGGACUGAGCCGAGACAAUGCCUUCGAAGAUCGCCGAAGGGGCUGGAGUCAAGCACCUGAAGAUAGCUCGGCCAUACACCAGCAAGAGCAGCGAGGUGUAUCUUCGCUUCAGAACGCUGCGACUGCUGCCACCCAGAGAGGAGCGUUGCCUCUGUCACCGCCUCGAGAUUCAGCUAGUCAACAAGGUGCUGCCUUUGGCGGUGCUGCUGCCGCCGCCGCCGCCGAUUUAAAGCGAGGAGGGCCUGUUGAGUUCAACCACGCGAUAAGUUAUGUGAACAAAAUUAAGAAUCGCUUCGCACAGCAGCCCGAAAUCUACAAGCAAUUCCUCGAAAUCUUGCAAACUUACCAGCGAGAGUCGAAACCCAUUCAGGACGUAUACGCUCAAGUGACACAGCUAUUCCAUUCCGCGCCAGAUCUUCUUGAGGAUUUCAAACAGUUCCUGCCGGAAACUGCUGCUCAGGCGAAAGCCCAAGCGAGCGCCAGAAUCGCCAUGACCGAAGAAACCAGCAACGUCCGAGGCGAGCCUGGCUACGCCGCAGGCGGUCUGCCACAAGCUCAAACUCCCAGACCUGCUGCGAAGAUGCCUCCGAUGGGACAAUUCGACCCACCAAGCACAAGCAAGGACAACAAGAAGCGAAGAGGAGCGCCAAAUACUGGAGCUACGACUAGCUUGGAGUCAGGACUUGCUCAAAGUAGCCGUGGGGUGCCUGUGCAAGUCGGUAACGCGAAUAAACGACAAAAGAUUUCCAACCAGCGACAGCCGCAGACAGAGACUGUUGUCACCUCGCCGACACUCAUUCCCGCCUUGCCUGAGCCGCUUCCACCGUAUCCUCCCUAUGCCACAACAACCGAAGAACUCGGCUUCUUCGAUCGCGCCAAGAAACAGAUCAGCAACCGUGCAAGCUACGCUGAGUUCCUGAAACUCAUCAACCUAUUUUCACAAGACCUUAUCGACAAAUACACCCUGUCGGAUCGAGUCAUCUCCUUUAUUGGCAGCAAUCCAGAGCUCAUGUUGUGGUUCAGGGACUUUGUCGGCAUUCAAGAGCAGGACGAGAUAAUUGACGCCAAGGCUCGCAUCGAUCCUGGUCGAGUCAACCUGUCACAUUGCAGGGCACUUGGCCCUAGUUAUCGUCACUUGCCUAAGCGCGACCAGACUAAGACAUGCAAAGGCCGUGAUGGCAUGUGCUACGAAGUCCUCAACGAUGUCUGGGCUUCGCACCCUACUUGGGCGUCUGAAGAUUCCGGCUUCGUUGCUCAUCGCAAAAACCAGCACGAGGAGGCCCUUCAUCGUAUUGAGGAGGAGCGCCACGAUUACGAUUUCCACAUUGAGUCAUGCCAGCGCACUAUACAGCUGAUGGAGCCUAUUGUGCAGCAAUUCGCCGCUAUGUCAGAAAUGGAAAAGAGCAACUUCCAACUAGCACCUGGCUUUGGUGGUGCUAGCGAGUCGAUUCCAAAGCGCAUAAUCAUGAAGAUCUAUGGUCGCGAAACCGGAGGCAAAGUCCUUGCCGAAAUGUAUGCAAAGCCUCUCGCAGUCAUGCCAAUCGUACUGCAACGGCUCAAGCAGAAGCUUGAAGAGUGGAAAUCUACCCAGCGCGAGUGGGAGAAGGUUUGGCGUGACCAGAUCAACAAGCAGUUCUGGAAAAGUCUUGACCAUCAGGGCAUCAAUAUUCGUUCAACGGACAAGAAGGCCUUCCAGCAGAAGCAGCUUACUGGAGAAAUCCAGAACAAAUAUGAGGAGGACAAGAAGAACAGAGAGAACGGCAAUGCAACCAAGCGUCAUCAUCUCGAGUUCAAGUUCGACGAUGUUGACGUGAUUGUGGACGCGACCCGGCUGAUACUUAUCACCCUGGUUCACGAUCGAAAUGAUCGCAACGGCUUCAGUCAGAAUGACCAAGAACGAGUCAAGGCCUGGAUCUUGGAUUUCCUUCCAAAGUACUUUGGCCUGAACCCCGAGGAGUUCACCGACCAGGUUAAGGUUGAGGUCGCCGACAUUCCCGAAGACCAAGACGGCAACGAGAGUGAUGGUGUUGGCCCUCGCAAGAAUCGCAAAGGCGGUCUCAUUCGCCGGGUUUUCGACAAGCGCAACGGCAACAGUGACAGUGCCCCCAACAGCAAAGAGUCGACCCCUAUCCCCACAACUGAACACGACAUGGACGUUGAUGAGGAGAUACCGCAGUCUGAUUCCGAGGACAAGCCUAAAGCACCUUGGAUUAAUGUCACCUAUGGCGAUGUGCCCACUGACAAGGUAUCCCUCGAAGAGUCUUACUCGCACGAAACGUUCAACUUAUACGCAAACGUCAACAUCUACUGCUUCUUCCGCAUGUUCGAGACGUUGUACUCAAGGCUCCUCGCCGUCAAGAACAGUGAAGCUCAGGUAAUAGAGGCUGUCAAACGUCACCGCGGCACCAACGAUCGCAAGAAGCCAGCAAUUGAGCUUCGAAUGAUUGACAAGGGUCCGGAGUAUUUCUUCAACUCAAUUGUCGCCAAGGAACCUCAUCACUACUACCACGAAAUCCUUCAGAUGUGCGAAGAUGUGAUUCAAGGCAACAUGGAAUUGUCACACCUCGAAGAAACCCUGCGUCGUUAUUACAACAAGACCGGUUGGCAGCUGUACACGAUCGAUAAGCUGUUGAGCAGCCUGCUACGUUACGUCGCAAAUAUCCUUGGAGGAGAUGCCAAGGACAAGAGUAUUGAGAUUGCCAACCUCUUUUUCAAAGAUCGCGAGCGGCCUGACACAACCCGCCGCCAAGAAAUAGAGUACCGUAAACAUGUGGAGCGCCUUUCGAAGGACGGCGAGGUUUUCCGGAUAAGCUACACGCCGGAAAACAAGGUCUGCACAAUUCGUUACUUUCCCUCGGAAGACCCGACCUUUGACUCCGACGCCCUCACCGAUGACCAGCUUUGGCAGUACUACGUUGCUAGCUAUACAAUGUCGCAAGCAACUGAAGGAAUCGACAAAUCCAACAUGCAUAUGCCGUACCUCCGCCGAAAUGUGGCUCCUCAGUCUGCCAACAUUGACCACGCCUUCAACCAUGUCUUCGGCAACAUUACACAUUUUGAUAAUCAGACCGCCUUCAUUAGCCCCGACAAUUACAAGCUGCUGCUGAGCAACGACUACAUCUUCUGGAGACACGGACUGAGAACCAAGAAGGCAUACCAGCCAGGCAAGAUCAAUGAGAGCGACAAAUUCCGAGAGAGCUUCGUACGCAACACCAAAUGGAUGGAGAAUCAGAGCCAGGAGUAUGUCGAAGGUGUGAAAGCUGAGUACGAGCGCAACAUCAGAGAUGGGUUUCCCGCGAGCGCCUGA